GUGUAGUAACAUUACACCCUCGAUUCAGAUCGAUAAAAAAAGAAAAAAACGAAAAAGAAAAACUGAAAAAGAAAAUAGAAUAAAUAUGUAAAUAGAGCAUCAAAUUUCUUUAACAGAGGGGCUUGUAAUUUUUGAAGAUUUCUUUUAAAUAACCGGAAGCUGGGAGUUAACUUCAAAAUUUGAAGGGAGAAAAAUGGCUAUGUACAUCCGUGUGAAGCGUAGCAAGACAACAUACUUUAUCCAGUGUGAUCCAACUGAAACUACCCUAGACAUUAAGCAAAAGUUGCAUACCCUCAUUGAUCAACCUGUUAAUGAUCAGCGUUUGAUCCUUAUGAAUACUGGGGAUAUAUUAGAGGAUUCAAAAACUUUGGCAGAUCAGAAGGUUGAAAAUGAUGCUGUUGUUGCACUGACCUUGAGAAAAGAUGACAACGAGUUCGAGGAUGUCAACAUAGUAAAACCGAAUGAUUUCUACCAAUCUCGUGACACAGAUAGUGGAAAUUGGUGAAACCACAAACGGAUUCUAGAAGAGGUUAAAGCUGAUGAACACGGAGAAGGAGAUUCAGCGACGCAGAUGUAUGGUAAGCCCGAUAUUUUCGAUGUUCCCAUCAUCUGUUGUGCCAUGGAACUGUUUUAACAAACGGUAAUUUCAUGUAUUAACUCUUAAAAUCAACUGUGAAGAUAGGAAGUUUUAUGGUAAAUAAUGUUGAAUUGGCA